GGGAGCAAAGUGAUGCUCACAACUGCAGAUCCUGUCCACAUCCAGAUCCUCCAUCAUGUCUCUGAGCACGAGAUCCUACGGGGAGAAAACACUGAGCGUCUACGGUGGAGCCGGUGGUCACGGCACCCGCAUCUCUUCCUCCCAGUCGUGCUACCUACCCGCCCCGGGUUUCAAUCUGGCCGAUGGCUUGGACCUCCACGUCGGCGCCAAUGAGAAGGCCACCAUGCAGAAUCUGAACGACCGCCUGGCUUCUUACCUGGAGAAGGUGCGCACCCUGGAGAAGGAGAACGAUCGAUUGGACAAGCAGAUCCGAGACUGGUACCAGAGCAGAACUGUCGUCAGCCGUGACUACACCAAUUACUUCGCCAUCAUUGAUGACCUGAAGGAUAAGAUCUAUGUCGCUGCCAGACUCAAUGCCAAGACAAUCUUGGACAUGGACAAUGCGAAACUGGCUGCUGAUGACUUUAAAAUGAAGUAUGAGAAUGAGCUAGCCAUGAGAAUGACCGUGGAGGCUGACAUCGCUGGGCUGAAGAAAGUGCAGGAAGAGAUGAAGUUGAUCAGAAUGGAUCUGGAGUGCCAAGUGGACGGUCUGAAGGAUGAGCUCAUCAUGCUGAAAAACAACCAUGAAGAGGAAUUGGCUCUGCUCAGGAGUCAGAUGGGCGGUCAGGUAAACGUGUCCGUGGACGCGUCGCCCUCUCCAGACCUGAACGAGAUUAUGACAGAGAUCAGAGAACACUAUGAGGCUAUGAUUGCCAAGAACCGCAGGGAAGUCGAGUCCUGGUACCAGACCAAGAUGGCAGCAGUAGAGCAGGAAGUGAUGACACACACAGAGUCUUUGGCGACAUCCCGCUCUGAAGUCAAAGAACUCAAGGGUAUACUCCAGAGGCUUGAGAUUGAACUCCAGUCCCAUUUUAGCAUGAAAGCAUCCCUGGAGGGCACCCUGGCAGAAACUCAAUCCCGCUACGCUGCUCAGCUGGCAGGUCUGCAGAACAUGGUUGUGAGCUUAGAGGCCCAGCUUUCCCAGAUCCACGCCAGCAUCACCAGCACUAAGCACGAAUAUGAGAUGCUGUUGGACCUUAAAACUCGACUGGAGAUGGAGAUUGCAGAGUACAGACGGCUGUUGGAGGGAGAAGAGGACAGCUCAAAACAAGUGAUCACCAAGGUCAUCACAGUGGUGGAGACGGUCGUCGACGGGAGGGUGAUUGAGAGCAGCAAGACUGUCGAUGUAGAUGUGGAUGAGAUUGAGUCAUAGCUUGGAAGAGACUCUAAGUCUUAGAGUCUAAGACAUUAAAGGUCGUGCAGUUAA